ACAGUCUUCAUGCCCCCCGUGCUGAUACUGGUCGGGAUCCCUGGCUUGGAAUCUGUGCAGUUCUGGAUUGGAAUUCCUUUCUGUGCCAUGUACGUCAUUGCUCUGUUUGGGAAUUCCCUGCUCUUGGUCAUCAUCAAAUCUGAACGCAGCCUCCACGAGCCCAUGUAUCUCUUCCUGGCAAUGCUUGGAGCAACAGACAUUGCUCUCAGUACCUGCAUCCUACCCAAAAUGCUAGGAAUAUUCUGGUUCCAUUUACCAGACAUAUAUUUUGAUGCCUGUCUCUUUCAGAUGUGGCUCAUCCACACCUUCCAGGCCACUGAAUCAGGAAUUCUGCUGGCCAUGGCCCUGGACCGCUAUGUGGCCAUCUGUGAUCCCCUGAGACAUGCAACCAUCUUUACCCAUCAACUCCUCACUCAGAUCGGGGCUGGAGUGACACUCAGAGCAGCCCUCCUUGUAGCUCCAUGUCUCAUCCUCAUCAAAUGUCGCCUGAAACACUACCGGACCACUGUG